UCUGCGGAGCCGGGGGAGGCGAAAGGGGGAGGGAGGAACGUGGAGCCUGUGCGAGGGUGGAAGAAGGGAGGAGCGCGGAGCCGUGCGUUCUGCGCGGGAGGCGAAAGGGGGAGGGAGAGAGGAGCGCGGAGGUGGGGAAAGGCGAAAGGGAACGGGAGCAGCGCGUAGCCGAGCGCUGUGCGGGGCCGGCGAGCGCGGUUACCCCGGGCCGCCCCUCCUCCCUCCGGGGGAUUCUAAGGGCGAUCCGGGCAGCGCGAUGGAGCUGAGGCAGCCGCUGGAGCUGUUCCCCGGGUAUAGCGUGACUCUGCUGCUCUUCACCCGCGUGAGAAACGCCGCCGCGCUGAGGAAAAAAGCCAUGGAGGGAGCCCUGGAAGGAGCAUUAAUAAACCCCGCGAUGAUUGUAGAUCCUUUUCAAAUUUUUGUGGCGGCCAACAAAGCAGUUCAUCUACACAAGAUUGGUAAAAUGAAAACCAGAACUCUCUAUGCAGAAGUUAUUUUCAGCCUUUCACCAAACAACAAUAUUUCAGAUGCUUUUAAAAAGUUUGGCAUUUCAGACAGUGACACAGCAGUGCUCAUUGUUCUGGUUGCAGAUGGGAAAAAACCUGUAAAUCUGGAAGACAUAGUAUCUCAGGUAGAAGGCCAACAGGUUUCUCUGGAUGAACUCCCCCAGCUAACAGACACUGCCAGAGUUAAAAAGAUGUACAAAAUUACUCCACAGGAAGAAAAAAUCGGCACCUUAGUGGAUAGUAUUGUUUGCAGAAUGUCAACAAAAGAUGUUUUAUGAAAAUAUGGAAAUAAAUUUUUUUAAAGGAAAAAAAGGUGCUUUUAAGAUGUAAAAACAUUUGAUUAAUUGGAAUUCAUCCUGAAUUCCAGAGAAAUGUUGUAGUGUUGAGAAGUUUGACGACAUCUGCACAUAAAUGAGUGAGCCUGAGUAUGGGGGUAAUCUGAGCUGUGUUCUGAGCAGAAAGCAGUUCUGCUGUGUAAAGCAGAAUUUGCCAUUGGCAUUUCUGUCCUUAGGUGUGUAAGUUUUUUGUGAACAACUGUCUGGGCUUGGUUUUCUUACACUGCUAGUGUGCAGGGGGUUUUCCUUGUCCCCGUAAGGUUCACCAACUACAGUGCCCUGCAUCUUCCAUGUGUGAUUAACUCUGCUUUGCGAAUGUAACUAAAUAUUUGUUAGAGAUACAAGCUGCCUAACUGAGGCGCUAAGACACUUACAUAGAAUCACAGAAUCACAGAAUACAGUGGUUGGAAGGGACCAUAAAGAUCAUCCAGUUCCAACCCCCCUACCGUGGGCAGAGACAUGUCCUACUACAGGCUGCCCAAGGCCCCAACUAUCCUGCCCUUGAACACUUCCAGGGAUGAGGCAUCCAUAGAAUCACUAGGUUGGAAAAGACCUCGAGGAUCAUCGAGUCCAACCAUUCCUAUCAACCACUAAACCAUGCCCCUGAGCAUCUCAUCCACCUGUCUUUUAAAUACCUUCAGGGAUGAUGACUCAACUACCUCCCUGGGCAGCCUCUGCCAGUGCCCAAUGACUCUUUCUGUGAAAAUUUUUUUUCUGAUGCCCAGCCUGAACUUCCCCUGGUGGUGCUUGAGGCCAUUUCUGCUUGUUUUGUCCCCUGACGCUUGGGAGAAGAGGCCAGCUCCCUCCUCUCUACAACCUCCUUUCAGGUAGUUGUAGAGAGCAAUGAGGUCUCCCCUCAGCCUCCUCAAGGCUAAACAACUCCAGUUCCUUCAGCUGUUCCUCGUAAGACUUGUUCCCCAGCCCCUUCACUAGCUUCGUUGCUCUUCUCUGGACACGCUCCAGAGCCUCAACAUCCUUCUUGUAGUGAGCGGCCCAGAACUGAACGCAGUAUUUGAGGUAUGGACCCACCAGUGCCGAAUACAGGGGCAGAAUAACCUCCCUGGACCUGUUUCUGAUAACAAGCCAAGAUGCCAUUGGCCUUCUUGGCCACCAGGGCAUACUGCUGGCUCAUGUUCAGUCGGCUGUCAAUCAGCACCCCCAGGUCCUUCUCCAUACAGCUUCCUAGCCACUCUUCCCCUAGUCCAUAGCACUGCACAGGGUUGUUGUGCCCCAAGUGCAGGACCCGGCAUUUGUCCUUGUUAAACCUCAUGCCAUUGGUCUCAGUCCAGCCUGUUCAGAUCCCUUUGAAGACCCCCCCUACCCUCAAGCAGAUCAACACUUUCACCCAGCUUAGUGUCAUCCGUAACUUCCCUUGGCAAUGUGUGCCAGUGUCUCACUGCUCUCAUGGUGAAGAAAUUUUUCCUUAUGUCUGGUCUAAAUAAGCCCCUCUCCAGUUCAUAGCCAUUGCCCCUAGUCCUAUCACUACAAGCCUUUGUAAACAAACUUGAGGUGUAGAGAUUCAUAUUCAACUUAGGAAAUAUUUUGUUUAUGCAUUAUGGGACAGAGCCAACUAGGUGAGUCACCAAGUAGCCCUGUGAUAAAAGCAUUAUGAUGACAUCAGGGUUUACGUCCUUCUUCUGUACUGUUGUAGCUGGAGAUUUUUAAGAACUUGUGUGAGGUCCGUUGUAGCCAUCUUCUAGCAUUUAGCCAAUACCUACUAAGUACCACAGGAAUGCAAAAGGUUAUCGAAAGAAAAAAAGCAGAGAAGUGUCUGUGCUUAUUUCUUGAUUUAAAGGUGGUUUUACAGAAUGUAUCAUCCUCUCUAAAGGGAAAUUUGAGGCAGUAGUAAAAGCUGGAGCUU